AUGGCUCAAAUUCUUUCAAACGCAGAAGAAAAUACUCUUGUACGAUGGAUUUCACGACUUACCAUCACUGGAUUCCCUGCUACACCUAUGUUGGUGAAGGAAAUGGCCGACGAAAUUCGUCUUCGACGCGUUCAGGUCGCGUCAUCUCGAAUUCCUACCUCGACAGAAAUUCCACCUAUAGGCCACGAAUGGAUCUAUAGAUUCCAAAAACGACAUCCAGAACUUAAAACAUGUUAUUCACGUCAAUUAGAGUCUAAUCGGACUAAAGUAAUAACUCCGGAGAAUAUUCAGGCUUGGUUUGAUAUGUUUCAAUCCAAGAAAGUGUCAGGUGACCGACCUCGACUUUUGAUCAUGGAUGGCCAUUCAAGUCAUAUUACAGGCAGCUUUAUUGCUUUCUGUAUAGAGAAGGAAAUCGAUUUACUUAUAUUACCUCCUCAUUGCUCCCACUUGCUUCAACCACUUGAUAUUGCGGUGUAUGGGCCAAUGAAACGAUAUCAUGCUUUAGAGGUCGAUCGAUAUUCUCGAGCUGGUGUAAAGCGAAUUCAAAGAGCUGAAUGGGUAGAACUCUUUCAAAAUAUUAGAAAAAAAGCACUGAAUUCUUCUAAUAUUAAAGCUGGUUGGAGAGGAGCUGGUUUAGUACCUUUUGCCCCACGAAAAGUACUCGAUAUAUUACCAUUUAACUCCUCCCAACAACCUUCUACUCCACAAAUGAGAAUGUCCAAUCAAGAUCUAGACUUAUCUAUACUCAGGAGCUCUCCUCCAGAUGGGACAGAGCUAAGGCAAGCAAAUCAAACCUUUAAUAAAGCUCUAGCAGAUAAUGAUUCUCUUGCAUCACCAACUCGUCGAUAUGCCAAGAGAAUGACUAGGCUUGUAGAAUCUCAAAAUGCUGAGAUAGCCCUACUUCGGAAACAGCUCGCUGAUGCUCAGGAAGUAAUUGAGACUCGAAAGAAGAGAACUAAAGGCAAAAGAGUCAAAUUACAAGGUCAAUUUGUCUUUAGUAGUGAGGAAGUACUGAAAAUGGUACGUGAGGCGGAGGAAAAACCGAAGGAGAAAAAGCCACGAGGGCGACCACGUAAACGUCCAAUUGAAGAAUUAGAAGAGGAGACUGAAGAAGAAGAGCCAGAGAGUAGUUCAAGUGAUUUAGAGUUGGAAUUGGAUGAAUGUGUAGCUCGUAGAACAAGAUCACAUAGAGAGAAUUGA